UAACUUUCGAUGCGAGCUUGCGAACUGUACAAGAAACCAAAGUACCAGUGACUCGUGAGCACUCACGAGUGAAGCCACACGAGUCACACGAUUCCGCUGUUCAUCAUGAGUCCGGAAAACGGCAAUAUUGUUAGUGAAAGUGAGGCGAUAAAUAUUGAGUUUCUCAACAUAUGCUAUUCUGUUUGUACACGUAAGAGAGAUGUUAAAACGGAAAUUCUCAAAGGAUUGUCAGGGAAGUUCGAGGCAGGAAGAAUGUGUGCAAUUAUGGGUCCUUCGGGAGCGGGCAAAAGUUCCCUCAUGAACAUUAUUUCUGGCUUCAAAACCACCUUUGACGAGGGUGAGAUUUUGAUAAAUGGCCAAAUUUGCAGUGUAAAUGAAUUUAGGAGGAAAUCAUGCUAUAUUCUGCAAGAAUUUGCCUUGCACAGCAAAUUGACGGCAAAUGAAACAUUAAAAUUCGCCGCUGAACUGAAACUUCCAGCGAAAGUGAGUGAGAAGGAGAAACUGAAGAUUGUCCAUCAUGUGCUGAACAUCUUGGGAUUGGAUAGAAAUGCCAAUACUCAUGUGGAUAAAUUGUCUGGUGGCGAAUGCAAACGUCUCUCAAUUGGCGUUGAAUUACUCACAAAUCCGCCAGUCAUGUUCUUGGAUGAGCCAACAAGUGGCUUGGACAGCGUGUCAGCAGUUCAGGUUGUUUCUCACCUGAGAGAUUUGGCACGAGCCGGCAGAACGAUCGUUUGUGUGAUUCAUCAGCCUUCAUCGCGACUUCUUGAGUUCUUCGACGAUCUCUAUGUGAUCUCCAAUGGGCAGUGCAUCUACAGUGGAUCUGUGGAGAAAAUGGUGGGAAGUUUCCAGGAAUCUGGCUUCGAAUGUCCUCUGUACUACAAUAGGGCGGAUUUCGCCCUGGAAAUCGCCGCUGGUGAGCGACCAGGAAAUCUCAAUGCUCUGAUCCAGAAGAGCAUCCGAAAGGCUCCCAGUGAUGUCCAGGACGGAAAUUGUCAAGAUAACCGAGAGCUCUCUGAGAGAAGUCAAAUGCUCCAAAAAACUCCAAUUUUAUCAAGCAAUCCCAACAAUCAUGACGGAAAGAACGCAAUUUCUCAAUGGAGACAAUUUUCCAUCCUACUCAAGAGAUCUUUCAUUUGCAUCGCGCGAGAAAGUAUUAUUACACAACUUAAGAUAGCAACGCAUCUUUUUGUUGGUUUGCUGAUUGGUGGCAUUUUCUACAAUAUUGGCAAUGAUGGUGCGAAGGUUUCGGCAAAUAUUUCUCUUCUAUUCUUCAUUAUCAUGUUUAUUUUCUUCGGGAAUUCUAUCCAAUAUGUCCUGCUUUAUCCAGUGGAAUCCAGAAUAUUCUACAGGGAAUACUUGAAUAAUUGGUACGGAUUUUUUCCGUAUUUCUACUCCAAAAUCGUGGCUGAACUUCCGUGCUUGAUGAUCUCAACUUUUGCCACUCUUCUUCCUGUUUACUACAUCACAAAUCAACCAAUGGAGCUCGAGAGAUUCCUCCUGUUUGCCAACAUUUACGUCCUCACCACGAUUAUUUCCCUCUUUUCCGGACUCGCGGUUGGCGCUCAAUUCAGCACUCAAGUGGCAGUUUUCAUGAUGCCCGCCUUCGGAAUGCCUCUGAUCGUCUUCUGCGGCUACUUUAUUCACUACAGCGAAUUACCAUCUCUGCUGCAGCCACUGACCUUCAUCCCAUUCUUCAGAUACAUCUUCGAGGGAUCCUUUCAGGCAAUUUACGGCUUCGGACGCAAGAGUCUCGACUGCCAUCAGGUGUUCUGCUACUUCAGAUCAGUGCCGAAGAUCCUCGAGAUGAUGGACAUGAAGGAGAACACUUACACGUUAGAUCUGCUUGGGAUUCUCGUGUGGAUUGUCCUGUUCAAGAUUUUACUUUAUAUCGUGUUGAGGAUGAAAAUAAGAAAGUUUACAGUGUAGCU